AUGAUUUUUAAUAUAUUAUCAUUCAUAGCAAUACUUUAAGGAGCUAUACAAAUUAGUGAUUUAUCUUAUAUUUUCUACCAAUCCAAUAAGAUACAGCUAACUUUACAUGAUUUUGAAACCCUCAAACUCAUCUUAUCAUUUCCAUGGUAAAGAAACCAUAUUAUUUUAAAGGAUUAUCAAACCUAUUUGGGGAUUUUGCUCUGAUAUUUUUCCCAUCGCAAAAUAUAAAAGAAAACCUUAUUUGUUUAUUUUUGCGAUAACUUGUUUUUUAUUAGAAACAAUAAUGGCAAUAUGCGAUGUAGAUCGUAAAACGGCAUUCGUUAUUAUAUUUCUAAUUCAGUUGUGCAUAGUAUUUUGCAAUGUGAUUGCUGAAGCUAUGCUUGUUGAAUAAAGUCAUGAAAUUAAUACAAGUAGGAAUGUAGCAUUAUUUUUUGGAAUGAGAGCAGUUGGAGGAUAUCUCUAUACAUACAUAGCAUUCAAUUUUCCAAUUCAUAGAAAUAGUAUAAUAUCUAGAUUUAUAAGAUUUUUAGGUGUUAUCUUUAUUUCCAUUAUUCAUUGCAAUUUUAUCACUCUUCAUUCCUGAAUAAC